AUGAGUGGCACACCCUCUCGGAAGCGGCCGUUGCAGCCCCUGCCGCCCAUUACCCACACAAAGUACUUUGGAAAGCAGUCGGCCAGCGAGGAAAGAGUGGAGGGGAAGGCGGGGAAGCGAGUCCCACUUGUCUCCCUCCCCCACCUUUACCAACGGGCCCACAGCAAGAACAAGAACAAAGGUCAUGAGAACACGGAGGAAAACAACACAAGCCCUCCCCCCCAACAUCGACGUCUUCACUACGACGAGGAAGAAGAAAAGGAAGAAGAGGAGGCGAGUCACCGCUGGGCGUGUGUACACCCGCUGGGGUGGGCGGCCGGCCAUCGGGCGGAGCAGGCGGCGGCGGCGGGUCUCGUGCUGCUCGCCCGGUCGCUCUUCCACGCGGCGGUCCUCCGCCCCCCCGCGGCCCUCCCCGCCGCCGACGGCCCCACGCAACUCCGCCGCCUCGCCGUCCGCGCCGCGGUGGCCGGCCGCCUCCUCGAGGCCAUCGCCGACGCCCUCCCGCGGCACCGCAACACCCUCGCGCCCUGCAUCGCCCUCCUCCUGCGGGAGGUGUACGUGCCAGACACACCAGAGAUGCGGGCAGCACUCGGUGGCACCGUGCAGUACCCGCAGCUCCUACAGGAUCUCCCGCAGCUGCCAGAAUGGGGAGAGGGCAAUAGUAAUAGUAAUAAUUAUAAUUAUGCCAUCACCACAAGCAACAAUACUACAACACCAAUGAUGGCAGCAGAUUUGGUGGCGGCGGUUGAGGCAGGCACAGUGGAUGCAGCAACUAUUCCAACAUUGCUUCUCUCCCGCUACGCACGUAAAACGUACUUCCUCGCCCAUCAUGAAUUGACUCAGGUCGUUAUUACACUCGCACAUGCGAAUGCUGCACGGCAGCAACAUUUUAAACGUCUCCCACGCAUCUUUGCUCUACUUAACGCAAACUGGAUUAAAUCCUUUCUUCGCAUUACCCUUAAGGCUUGGCAUGAUGUCUGUCACAAUCGUCGACAGCGCGAACAGAAAUAUCGAGCAAGGUGGGCAAGACGGUUUGCAGCGGAACGAAUUCGCGUUGCGGUACGUCUCUGGCGUGUUUUUGCUAAUAUGCGACUGCAGAGUGCGGCAGCACUUGAUACCGUACGAGCCCGUAUUGCAGCACUACAACUUAGUGCAAAAAGUCUUGAAUCUGAGAUUGUAGAGCUUACCAGUAAAAGUGCGGAGUUAAGUGAGGAGUUAGUGGCGACAAACAACCAUCGUGUAGAGGUAGAAGGACGUAUUGCGGAAAGGGAACAAGAGUAUGAACGGAGGAUUGCGCAGGUACGUGAAAUAGAUCGUGUGGGUACGAGAUUACUUGAUUCAUUAUUACUACGUACACCUUUUCCUACAUUAGAUGGACAUAACCGCCAAAAUCCUCAUCAUUAUCAUCGUGAAAAGCAACAACAUGAAUGGUUGGAGACGCCAUCACCUCUAGAGUUACUUGUGUUGUGGGCAAAUACAACAUUACUGGAAAGUCCACUUGGAUCCCUCUUUUUAGCUACCACAGAUGAAGAUUUUGUAGAAAACAUUGACCAUGUUAAGCUUGAUUUAAAGCAAAAGGAACAAAAUGGACAGAAAAUGCGUAUGCGAUUACGUGACACUCCAGAGGAGGAUCUUCCUUUCUCAGCACUUUUAGCAGAGGCGUCAACAGUUUUACUGCCGCUUCAUCGCCUUCUUGCCCUUAUGCGGGCGAUGGAUCCUGAAGGUGGCCCACCAUUAGCUAAACUCAAAGAAGUAUGUAUUGCUGAUAUGCGUAUACGAUCAUUACGAGCGAAGUUUGAAGAUGAUUCUGUAAUGCCGGAAGAGACAAAUACUAACACUGCCAUAGUAGUACAACUUGAGGCUACUGUAGGUCAGACACUUGUAGAGGCAUAUAAGGCGGUUACAGGUACGGUGUGUAUUGUAACAGCGGAACAACUUAUGACCCGUAAACGUGGUGUUCAACUUGUUUUUCUCGCUGGUCUUAUGCGAUAUUUCGCGAACUGGUUAGAGUGUAAAGUAAAGCGACAGCGUGCUACAGAUGAUACACAUCCGAUUCCAAUUGCAUCGUCAGCUCCUACGGCGGAGGAUCAACAUCUUGGUAAGCGUAAUAGACGGUGUUCCGGGUGGUAUCAUCCUCCUGAGAGUCAUUUACGUUGGCCAUUAAUGGUAGAAAAUCAACAACGAUGGAUUGCCGCCUCAUUAAGUGCAUUACAUCAUGCUGUACAUAUUGCUGUUGAACCACAAACUGUUUUCUCUACAGAGGUACAGGAAGAUACACCAAAGUUUAUGGAAAAUAUCACAAUAUUGCGUUUGUCAGAUAUUUUACCACAAGAGGCAUUUAGUUCUGGUAGUAUUUAUUUACGUAUCGCACGUACGGUAGAAAAUGCAUUUCCAAAAUUACGUUCACUCUUCAUGCAGUAUGCAGUGUACGGAAGUGGAAGUGGUAAUAAUAAGCAGAACAACGAUAAAGCUGCUAGCAUGAGUAGUGCUGGUGGUGUUGGACCAAUGUAUAUUACAGCAUUAGACUUUUGGAGGCUUCUACGUGAUUGUCGUGUGGCUGGUGGAAAGGGAAAACUACAUCGUGUGGCUGUUCGACGUAUUCUUGCACGAGUAUGGGAGGAAGCUAUGCCUUCUGUGGCUUCUCGUCGUGGUAGUAUUCAACGUUCAAUGGAGUUAACGAGUUCCGUAUUGAGACCAUCACUACGACCACGAAUUACAGGACGAGAAACAACAGAAAUAGAUCUCAAAGACACUCAUUAUAAAAUACGUCUUGGACCGGCAGAGUUUAUGGAAGCCCUCCUACGUUGUGCACAUGCGUGGGAUAAUAUACAACAACAAGUAAGGCGGGAGCAAGAACAACAAAAAAAACAACAACAAGAAGAAGAGGAGAAAGAAAAAGAAGAAGAAGACGAGUCAGAUAAUCCGUUAAAAGGUGGGAAAGACACAGAUAAUGCAGGAAAAGAAAAGGAGACAUCAACGACAGGAACAACAACAACAACAGUAGUACCAUCCGUGAAUGUGAGUAGUGAUAGUCAUUCGCGAAAUGAUCCAAUCCGCUAUGAACCCUUUGACUCCACGUGGACACUUCGGCCAGUGGCGGUGCGUGAGUUUCUUUAUGAGUGGAUCAUCACGCAUGGAUUUCGCGGCCCAACAUUAGAUCCAUUCCGUCGGGCUGCACGUCAUGUGCAGGUGCGUACAUGUCUCACAACUCACCUUAGUGCCCUUUACGUUCUCUUUACAUAUUAUGCAAAACCAAGAGAGGCGUAUGGGAUGCGUUCCGCUGCCCCUGAUACAGAUGUUGCCAGGCGUCGUUCCUUUGGUAUGGAUCGUCGUCUUUCUCAAUCACGUAGUCGUGUCAGUAGUGUUUUUAUUAAUGAAGAGUUUGAAGGAAGUCAGAGUGGAUAUCCUAGUGGUGCUGGUGCUAGUACUAGUAAUAGCAGCGUUUUUAAUAACAGUGGAACGAUGGAUGUUGGAAUAGCGCGGGUGUUGGCACUCAGUGGAUUGCAGCAUAUGGCAGCGGAAUUUGAAUGGUGUCGAAUUCGUCGAGUAACUCCACGUCUUUUGGCGGAUUUCUUCUCUCUUGUGUCGGCAGAUCAUGUACGUGAGCCUCAUGUUUUAUUCUUUCCUGAAUGGCUCGAUCUUCUUUGUGUGUUGGCGCAAUAUUAUGAUCCCAACCCUAUACGUCCAUUGUAUGAUAAACUCCCAGGGUUUUUAGAGGAGUAUGUGCUGAAGUACUACACACGUGAUGAUUGA